UUUAAUUCGUGAUAUCGAAUCAAAUAAUUUUUUGGGAGGUCCUAAAUGGGCUUACGUAAUGUACAGUGUUAAUAAAGUGCAUAUUCUUUUCUUUUCAUGUUGCGUUAAAUGGUUUGAUGGUUUGGUAGUGUGUUUUAUAUUAUAUAGUCGACUUUAACAGCUACCAUAAUUUUGCUUUCCAUCACAGAGUUUUGAGUUUUUGUUUCUAAAAUGUGAAAUUGAUGUAUUCGUUUAUCCUUAGAGCCUCAUACAUGUACGUGAACUUUUAAAUUGUAAUCUUUGAAACUUCAAUUCAAACACAAUUAAUCAAAUUCUAUGUAAGAAUGUUACAACUGUAACUAUUAGUUGAUACAUUAUUCAUGUUAUUUUAUAUAUCUUUUUUUUAAAACACGUCCAUUGCAUUCAAGGAUAGAUAGGAAUCAGUGUACACAUGUAGCCACUUAACAAUAUCAUUGAAAACACCUUAUUUAAAAAUAAUAGUUUCCUCCAUAAUUAUUGUUAAUUUGUUUUUAUUAUUUAUAUAAUGACCUUUUCUAUUAUUUUUCGGAAAUAUCAUAUCUGCCAAUUGGUCCUAGAUAUUUAUGUCUACAAUGGGAUAGAAACGAACAUUCGUCAUAAUGUCAGCAAUGGUGCAAGUCGGUAAACACAUGGAAACGGAACAUAUGAUAUUUGGUCAACAACUACAGAUUACUAAAUGUUUUUUUCUAACAGUUUGUGGAAUGAAGUCAGUUAUGAGCAAAUCUCUGCAACUACAUGUAUUUCUAAUUAUUACAGAGACCUUUAUUGUUGCAGUUACAACACAACAAAAUCUGGCCCUACAGGGAAAUGUAAAACAAGAGACAACGUUUAUAGAAGAAAAUGGUACUGUUCACAGUGCUAAUUUGGCAAUAGAGGGACCUGUAAAUAAUAACUGGAACGAUGGAUGCUCAUCUACACAACCAGGAGGUCCGACAGCAUGGUGGGGUUUGUUUCUUCCAGAAGUAGCUUAUAUUACAAAUGUGGUGAUUUACUUUCGCGGUGACAAGCCAGAUCAAAUGGAUGAAUUCCGGUUAUAUCUAUCAAAUACAUCCAUAUGGAAUUCGGAUGUAACCCUAUGCUACACAGAUCGAGGAAUUGCUGGCCUUCCUGACACUACCCAGAAUAUCAACUGUAAUAUAGUUGCGAAACAAGUUUACUUUUUUAACAGAAAUCGGGUUGUUCAGUUGUGUUAUAUACAAAUAAAUGGCUGCUUUAAAGGUACAUGGGGAACAAAUUGCUCAGAAUCAUGUCAUCCUAAAUGUAUAAACCAACAUUGUUAUCCUGAAAACGGUUCAUGCGUCUGGGGAUGCAACCCACAUCAUUGUGCUAAUGCUAAAUGUGAUAUAAAGACUGGUGAUUGUAUAGAAGGAUGUGCAAAUACACGAGCCGGGCAGUCUUGUAACUUCUAUAAUCUAGCAUCCAAUGGAACAGCUAAACAAGAUCCUCCUAAACUAAAUUCCUCUGCAAGUUUGUCUAUUGAUGGCAUUCGGAAAAAUGGCAUGUGUUCAAUGACAACUGGAAUACAUUCUUACCUGCAAGUUGACACUGGAUUCCUGAGUGUUAUUUCUACAAUUUUUCUCACUUUUGGCGAUACACUUCCAAUACCCAAUGGUGAUAACGUGGUAUAUUGUUCCAAUACCAGUGAUUCCUGGGUGGAUGGCAUUGUGCUAUAUAAGGGUGAACGGCCGACUAUGCAUAUUAAUGUACUUACCGUUUGUAGAUAUAUUAUAUAUGUACCACCUGCAGCGAGUGGAAUUUCAACAGUAGAUGUAUGUGAAAUCGAAAUAGGAGGCUGUCCUUUAGGAAGAUAUGGAAUAAACUGUGAAAAUUAUUGCUAUUGCAACGGGCCAUGUGAUUUAGUUACAGGAAGUUGCACAUUUGGCUGUUUUAAUGGAUGGAUUGGUGAAAGAUGCGACAUUGCAUGUGCUGUUGGAAACUUCGGACGGGAAUGCGGUAGGUCUUGUUCUGCAAACUGCUUGAAUCUACCAUGUAAUCACAUCUCAGGUGAAUGUACUGGAGGUUGCAAUAUAGGAUGGGAAGGAUACAAUUGUACAAAAGAAUGCGACAUUGGACAUUUUGGUUCAAACUGUUCACAGACCUGUUUCGGAUGUAUAUCAGACAUGUGUGAUAAAGUCAACGGCGUGUGCAAAAAUUCCAGUGGGUGUAAAGCAGGCUAUUUAAAAGGACAAUAUUGCAAUCAAGAGUGUGCUGGUGGAAACUUCGGAAGUGAAUGCAGUAUGAAUUGUUCUGCUAACUGCUUAACUCCAUCAUGUAAUCACAUAUCAGGUGACUGUGAAGGUGGGUGUAAUGCAGGAUGGGAAGGAUAUGACUGUACCAAAGAAUGUUCUAAUGGUUAUUUUGGUAACAGCUGCACGAAUUUUUGUAAGACAUGUUUUAAUAUUUCCUGUGAUAUAGUUCAGGGAAAUUGCAAAGCCGGUUGUAUCGACGGAUACCGUGGCCGCCAGUGCACAAUGUCAGUUUUAGCCGAUACCGCUAGUACCGAUUGUCAGCUGUCUACUCAAAUUGGUCUCUUUAUUGGGGCGUUGUUGUUGGGUGCGAUUUUGGCCGUCGGUAUAAUGAGUAUUAUUAUCAGGAGACGAAUCUGUACAGCACAAGAGCAAAAGAAUAAAGCAGCCGACCCUAAAUUCAAUGAAAAGCAGUAUGACAAUCUUGGAAUGGAAACUGUAUCUACGUAUCAGGACCUUACAUCACAUUCUAUACCAAAUGACUAUGAUCAGAUUAAUACUCAAUAUGUCAAUCAAUAGAUAAUUGUAAAAUGUCUUUAUUUUGUAGUGCGUAAUUGAAUGUCUAUGAAUUGAAUUCUUUUUAUAAUUUUAUUGGGGUGUAUAAGCGUUGACCGAAGCACAUUUUGUGUAAAGCACGGAUUUAAUGUGCGCGCGAUCAACCCUUUACAACCCUAUACAAUUAUUAAAUGAAACGUUCUAUUUUAUAACUUAAUUGUAUGCUACACCCAUGAAAUUAAGGAUGUUCGCUCCUCUAUUUCAAAAUAACAAGCUUUUUAAAAGACUGCUUUAAGUUGAUAGUAAAUAAAUAACGGAACUUAAAAAGCUUAAAAAAUAUAUAGGUCUUUGUCCUUGUUUUUGAGAUAUAAUCAAUUGAAAAUUUGGCGGGAAAUGAUUUUCUCUAGAUUUUUCAUACGUUUAACAUUGACAUCUUUCAUCUUUCGAAAACUAUGUAAAAAUAACAAGGAUUUUAUAAGAUUUCCGAAAAUAGCUUUUUAAACUAUAUGUAAUAAAAUUAUGAAACAAAGCGGGCGUUAGCGAGCAAAUUUAUUAUUGACACUACAUGAAUAAAACUAAAGGAUUCCGAAUAUCUGACAAAAAGUCAUAAACAGGAGUAGCGAACAUCCUUAAGAGUUAUAUCAAGCCUUUUGUUUGUUUUUCAAUGCAUUAUUUUAACAUUUUCACGAAUAGCAUGUGCAGUCAUAGCUGUUGUAUAUUAUACGGAAAUAAAAUAUGAUAUUGGAGUGUCUCGCGAUUGUUGUCAAUCAAUCAAAAUAACGGAUUUUAAUGAAACAUGUCAUAUAAUAUGAUUAUGUUAAAUUAAAACUGGAAUACAAGUAAACAUUUCAUCAUAUUGACCGUUAGACUGCAUGCUAUUGUAAAAUCAUCUAUACAAUCACGCAUCUAUAUUUGAAAAGCUCCUUCACGCUUCAUAUUACAAAAACGUAUCAUUUUUUUAUUUGAUAUACAGAUUUCCAAACGAGAUAUUUCCUGAUAACAAAACUUUUAAAUAACAUAGACUUUUAACUAAUUAAUUUUUUAUUUUGAUAUAUUGUUUUUGCAUGUUUUGUGUCACCUAAAACAAUUAUAAUAAUUUAAUAGUUAUAUGCCAUUGUGUGAAAGCAUGCAUUUAUUGUUAAACGUUAAUUUCUAUUGUACCUUGUUGUCACGAUAUAUCCUUUGUCUAUCCGAUAUUGGAGAGUCAAUAUAGAGUUUAAAGACGCUUUUAUUUUAACAUAGACUUGACUGUUGAGAUAAUUGCUUUCAUUAACUGUAGAUAUUCUUUUGAUACGCAUUGUUUAUAAUUGAUUCUUGAGUGCUUUGUAUUGUAUCAACUAUAAUUGUACCGUAAAUUGCUAAAUACAUUUUCAGUAUUCACUUGUACUGCUAUGAAACAAAAGAUAUACUUUG